AAGAAAGUCUUUGGGUGUGACAAUUAGGGAAGGGCGUGCGAAGCGGCUGCCAGGCUGAAGUCUGUAUAUAGUCUUGUUUUCACCUGCUCCAGCGCCAGGGAGCGCAGGCGGAGAAGGUCCAGUCUGACCCUGAGCCCCCAGCGCCCCCCGCCCACCGCGGUGGGGGCAGGGCCGAGGGGCGGGGCUAUGUGGAGCUGGGAGGCAGGGCAGAGUAAUUGAAGUGGCUACCGAGUUGAGCCAUGGAGAAGCCGGAGUCUCUCGCAUCAGUUAGCGGCCUCAGUGCGGAAUCCCCUCGUGGGGUUCCUAGGGCAGUACCUGGAGGUGUCAGAGGUAUACAAACAGACACCGGACUGCCCUCCGGAGUAGCCUUGUUUCGCGGUUCUGGCCCCCUUUUGCAUUCCGGGGGCACUGUAAUUCGCAGUCCUGGUCCAAUCCGGCCCUCUGAAGGGGUGGUGACCCUCAGUUCCGGACCCAUUCCGCAUCUCGCGGAGGUUGCAGGCUGUAGCCUUGGGCCCAGCAAAUUCCCUGGCACUGGAACUGGUGCAACUAGGGCGUCCACCCCUGGGCCGGGGGAGGCUAAAGUGUACAGCUCGGAGAGUAGUUCACACUCCGGGUCAACUUUGUUGCACUCUCAAAAGUAUGAGGAGCGGCCCCGGAGCAUCCUAAAAAACAGCAGUUCCAUCUUGAUGAAGAAAACCGCCAGUGCGGAGAAGAAGUCUCAGCGCUGGGAUGAGAUGAACAUCUUGGCUACCUACCAUCCUGCUGACAAAGACUAUGGCUUUAUGAAGGCAGAUGAGCCCAGCACCCCCUACCACAGGCUGCAGGAUGAGGAGGACCUGUCUGCUGGGUCUUCUCUCAAGGUGACUCCUGAGUCCCUGGCAGAGAGGUUUGCCACAAUGGACAAUUUCCUUCCCAAGGUCCUCCAGUAUGGAGACAACAAAAGCUCAAGGACUCCAGACAACUUUGCCAAGACAUACUCCAGUGAUUUUGACAAGCACCGAAAGAUACACUACAGUGAAGGGAAGUACCUGAAGACCCCGAAGAGCCUGCUCUUGGCUAACGAGGACGACAGCCCCGGGGCUAGUGCCAGCAUCAGCAGUAGUAAUCAAAGUGUGACGACGGACAUGAAGCCCAGGCCUGUGGACAAAGGCUGGGCAGGAAGACUGGCCACAGGAGUCAAAAACGAGACUGUCCUGGCGACUGACAGCCGUACCCUAGACGCCAAUGAUUCUGCUACUUACAGAAACCAGUUCCCCUCCGCUUCAGACUCUACUAUGAGGGAGCAGACUGAUCUACAGCGCAAGGAGUAUUACAGUAAAGGAAGAUACCUGAGGUCCUGUUCCCACCCCGAGAUCGGAGAAGACAUAGAAGAUGAAGGACAGAACAGUGAAACCUUGCGGCUGCAGUGGACUCAGGAGAAAGAGCCUAGGCCAUGGAAAAUGUAGCCAGCUGAGGAUGGGGUGAGGGCAGCCUUCCCUGCCCUUACCACUCUGAUGGCGGACAAUAAAGAGAACAUCAGGAGUCUG